AUGGAGCCGGACGGCACGUAUGAGCCGGGUUUUGUGGGUAUCCGCUUCUGCCAGGAAUGCAACAACAUGCUGUAUCCCAAGGAGGACAAAGAGAACCGCAUUUUACUCUACGCCUGCAGGAACUGUGAUUACCAGCAAGAAGCCGACAACAGCUGUAUUUAUGUUAACAAGAUAACUCACGAAGUGGAUGAACUGACCCAGAUCAUUGCCGACGUGUCCCAGGACCCCACGCUGCCACGAACCGAGGACCACCCGUGCCAGAAGAUAAUGAAAUCCCUCGCCAAAAGCAAAGACAAGGAAAGUCAUCUCUGCACACUAUAUAAAACUCGUUACGACGUGGAUAAAAGUGGUAACAUUGGACAUCCUUGCUUUGUUUCUGCCCUCAGCUAA